AUGAAUGACGAAAGCCAGGAUAAAAUUAUACAAGAUAUACGUAUACAACUACGAAAGGCUGCCACAGAAUUAUCACGAUGGAAGCUAUACGGUUCCUCAAAGUGGGCGGCAGAAGCACUAGCAGGCCUUGCUGAAGCUAUUGAUGUUGAUCAACCACAGUCUUUGGCCGACGAAUCGCCACUAAGGAAUAAGCAAGGUGUACCGAAGCAGAUUUUUGAAAUACCACAAAAUGGGUUUGGCCUAUCAGAGUCUGAUUAUGACCUGUACCUCCUCAGUUCUACGUUGUUUGAUGCUAAAGAGUUUGACCGGUGUGUAUUUUUCUUAAAAGAUGUCACUAAUCCAUAUCUCAAGUUUUUAAAAUUAUACAGUAAAUUCCUCUCAUGGGACAAGAAAAGCCAGGAAAGCAUGGAAAAUAUCCUAACCACAGGGAAGUUUACUGACGAAAUGUACAGAGCUAACAAAGAUGGAGAUGGCAAUGGAAAUGAGGAUAUGAGCCAAAGCGGGCACCAACGCGCUAAUUUAAAAAUGGUUAGCAAUGAGCAUGAGUCACAAUCGAACAUAUCAUCUAUUUUGAAGGAAAUUAACGCAUUUCUAGAGUCUUAUGAAAUAAAAAUAGACGACAAUGAGGCCGACUUAGGGCUAGCACUGUUAUAUUAUUUACGAGGAAUUAUCUUAAAGCAAGAAAAAAACACUUCUAAAGCAAUGUCAUCAUUCUUGAAAUCUCUGAGUUGCUAUUCCUUUAAUUGGUCCUGCUGGCUGGAAUUGAUGGACUGUCUACAAAAGGUCGACGAUGCAUUGCUUUUAAAUAAUUAUUUAUAUCAAAAUUUCCAAUUCAAAUUUUCUGAAAAUCUUGGUAGUCAACGAACGAUAGAAUUCAAUAUAAUGGUCAAAUUUUUCAAACUAAAAGUAUUUGAGGAACUUAACGGCCAGCUAGAAGACUACUUCGAAGAUUUAGAGUUUUUGUUACAAGUCUUUCCCAAUUUCACUUUUUUAAAGGCUUACAAUGCUACCAUUAGUUACAAUAAUUUGGAUUAUGUUACCGCAGAAAGCCGAUUCGAUGACAUCGUUAAACAAGAUCCUUACCGUCUCAAUGAUUUGGAAACGUACUCCAAUAUUCUAUAUGUCAUGCAGAAGAAUUCAAAAUUAGCCUAUCUGGCGCAAUUCGUCUCCCAAAUAGAUAGGUUUAGACCGGAAACAUGUUGUAUCAUAGCGAACUAUUAUAGUGCCCGACAGGAACAUGAAAAGUCUAUUAUGUACUUCCGUCGAGCACUAACCUUAGAUAAGAAAACCACAAACGCAUGGACUUUGAUGGGCCACGAAUUUGUUGAACUGAGCAAUUCGCAUGCUGCGAUCGAAUGCUAUCGUCGGGCAGUGGAUAUCUGUCCUAGAGACUUCAAAGCGUGGUUCGGUUUGGGUCAGGCCUAUGCCCUCCUUGACAUGCACCUAUACUCUCUUUACUACUUCCAAAAAGCCUGUACUUUGAAACCUUGGGAUCGUCGCAUUUGGCAAGUAUUGGGAGAAUGUUAUAGUAAAACUGGAAAUAAGGUGGAAGCUAUAAAAUGCUACAAAAGGUCCAUAAAAGCUUCACAAACGGUCGAUCAAAAUACUUCAAUAUAUUAUCGGUUGGCGCAACUAUAUGAAGAACUUGAAGAUUUGCAAGAGUGUAAAAAGUUCAUGAUGAAGUGUGUAGAUGUGGAAGAGCUUCUGGAAGGUAUAGUAACAGAUGAAACCGUCAAGGCAAGGCUUUGGCUGGCUAUAUUUGAGAUUAAAGGAGGCAACUACCAAUUGGCUUAUGAUUACGCCAUGGGAGUAUCUAGCGGAACGUCUCAAGAGAUUGAAGAGGCUCGUAUGCUGGCUCGAGAGUGCAGAAGGCAUAUGUAG